UCCCUUGCGAUGGCCCUGAGAACCCCCACCCGGAGGCUCCUGCAGAUCAGCCGUACUUGCAUGCCAGGCCCCUGGGAUGCCCGGGCACAGAGCACCAGCGCACCUGCCCCAAAAGGUGCCCAGUUUGAUUGGCAAGAUGCCCUGCAGCUGGAGAGGCUCCUGACGCGGGAAGAAGUCAUGAUCCGGGACUCCUUCCGCACGUACUGCCAGGAAAAGCUGAUGCCCAGGAUCCUUAUGGCCAAUCGAAAUGAAGUCUUCCACCGGGAAAUUGUGUCUGAAAUGGGGGCGCUGGGCGUCCUAGGUGCCACCAUCAAAGGUUAUGGCUGUGCAGGCACAACCUACGUAGCGUACGGGCUCCUGGCAAGGGAGAUCGAGAGAGUGGACAGCGGCUAUCGCUCAGUCAUGAGCGUUCAGUCGUCUUUGGUGAUGCACCCGAUUUAUGCCUAUGGGACAGAGGAGCAGAAGCAGAAAUAUUUGCCACGCUUGGCAAAGGGAGAAUUGCUGGGCUGUUUCGGGCUCACAGAGCCCAACCAUGGGAGUGAUCCUGGUGGCAUGGAGACCCGGGCCCAAUACAAUCCCUCCAGCAGGACCUACACACUCAAUGGCACCAAGACUUGGAUCACAAAUUCUCCGGAGGCUGACCUAUUUGUGGUGUGGGCCGUGUGUGAGGAUGGCAAAGUGCGGGGCUUCCUCUUGGAACGUGGCAUGAUAGGGCUCUCCACUCCGAAGAUCGAGGGCAAAUUUUCACUGCGAGCUUCCGUCACAGGGAUGAUCAUUAUGGAGGACGUGGAGGUCCCUGAAGAGAACCUGCUGCCCCAUGUCUCUGGACUCGCUGGUCCCUUUGGGUGCUUGAACAACGCUCGCUACGGGAUCUCCUGGGGAGCGCUGGGAGCUGCUGAGUUCUGCAUGCAGACAGCCAGGCAGUACACCUUGGACAGGAUCCAGUUUAAGGUUCCCCUGGCAAGAAACCAACUGAUCCAGAAGAAACUGGCUGACAUGCUUACAGAGAUCACUCUUGGUUUGCACGCUUGCCUCCAGCUGGGCCGUCUGAAAGAUGAAGACAAGGCCACCCCUGAGAUGAUUUCCAUGUUGAAGCGCAAUUCCUGUGGGAAGGCCCUGGAGAUCGCCCGACACGCACGGGACAUACUGGGAGGCAACGGCAUUGCGGACGAGUACCACGUGAUUAGACACGUUAUGAACCUGGAGGCCGUCAACACAUACGAAGGUACCCACGAUAUCCACGCGCUCAUCUUAGGAAGGGCCAUCACUGGACUUCAAGCUUUCACUGUUGGAAAAUGAAUGCAUUUCUCUAGGACGCAUCUUUGCCACCCUGAGAAGGG